UCUUAUGUUUUAUAAAAACUUAGUGGUACUUACUAUUUUUACUUUCAAAUAAAUUAACAAAUACUUGUGUAGUAAUAUAAUAAUCCAAGAGUUGUUCGUGUAAAUCGUAUAUAACCUAACUUAUGUAAAGAAACGAUUUAAAUAAAUUGAUUUAAUAUUGUAAUAUUUAUUUAAUAUGUAAUACUGUUUUAAGACUAUUCACAUGUGUCUUAAUCUUAAUACUUAAGAAAUUAUCAACAAAGCUAAGUGUAUAUUGCUAUAAAUUGUGAGAAUGAAUGUGGGUAACGCUAGAGAUUGUAAAUUGUUCCACAAACCGGUCAUACAAUUGAUGACAAUAGUAUAAUUAUAAAUGUAGUAAAUGUUAUUAUCUUUUCUUAUUUUAAAAUAGUAAUGGUAGUAAUACCACGACGGUAUUUGUUAUUACGUUUGUGAAAAGUACAAUUACAUGUUUAUACAUAUAUUAGGUUAUAUAAAUAUCAACAGCAACUAAUAGAUACGUAUGUAAAACUGAUAUUUAUCAAUUUUUAAAAUGUCGUUUAAACAAGGAUUUCACCGUUUUGUUAAGAAUCAACGACUUUAUACACAUUUCUUGACUCAGAAACGAUGCAUACAAAAUGAUACAUGCUUAAUGAAAUGUAUUCCAGAACCUGAGUAUAAUAUAAACUAUUUAUGCAAUCCCGUUAAUCGAGAUGAUAUUUUCAAUAAUAUAACAGCAAGAAAAGGUGUUGGAGAUAUUGACAAGGUUCUUGAAUUGUCACAAAAACCAGAAUUAAAACAAUUCUUCUUGCAUGAAUUGAGUAAAAUACCGAAUCAAACAGAUCCAGUUGUAUUAUCUUAUGGUGAUAAACCACAGAUGCUAAGAGAAUAUGGUCAUAAACCAGAAUUUGAUUUUGAACCAAAAGAUUUUGUAGAAUUGACUACGAAAUUAAACUUAUUGAAACACCAAUUUCUUGGUCCUUUGAUAGGUCAAAGGGGAUAUAUGUUUAUAGGAGAUUUAUCAGAUUUAGAAGAAGCAUUAGUUCAUUACACAAUUAAACAAUUAUUGAAGAACGGCUUUAAAAUUGUUUCUGUUCCUGACAUUAUUCCUACUAAUAUUAUAGAAAGAUGUGGAUUGUUAUCAGAUGGUGGACGAACCCUUAUAUAUAAUCUAAGUCCAUCUUAUGGAGAUAACUACAGUUUGUCUGGAACAGCAGAAAUGUCGUUAGCUUAUUAUGUUAUGAAUAAUACAUUUUCUGUUGAAGAAUUACCUUUAAAAUUAGCUGCUGUAAGUAGAUGUUUCCGAGCAGAAAUUUCUAGUGUGUCUGAUCAAAAAGGAAUAUACAGAGUUCAUCAAUUUACAAAAGUUGAAAUGUUCGUAUGCUCUGCACAAGAGAAGUCAAUGGAUCAAUUUCAGGAACUUCACAAAAUUCAAGAAAAUUUAUUUUCAUCUCUAAAUUUACAUUUCCAAGUAAUUGAUAUGCCACCUCAUGAUUUAGGAGCUCCCGCAUAUAGGAAGGUUGAUAUAGAAGGUUGGAUGCCUGGAAAAAAAAUAUAUGGAGAAUUAUCUAGUUGCAGUAAUUGUACAGAUUAUCAGUCACGACGACUUAACAUAAAAUACAAAACACAAAAUGGUCAAUGCUUACAUGUGCAUACUCUAAAUGGAACUGCUUGUGCAAUACCUCGUAUGUUAAUUGCACUUUGUGAAACACACCAAACGAAACAUUCUCGAAUUAUGGUUCCUGAAAUAUUACUUCCUUAUAUGAGGAAUAAAACGUUAAUUAAGAAACAACCUAUUCCAAAUUCAAGAACGUAUAAAUAUAAACAUAAAAUUUAAUGCAUCAUCAUUAUAUACGUGUAAACAUAUCC